GUGGGUUAGGGAAGGUGCCUGAUGGAUGGUGGACACGCCUCCUCAUCUUGGGACCAAUCGGGGCUUGGUGAUUACACACCUGGCUCUGCACACAGCACAACAAACAAGGAUAUGCCUGGGGCGAGAUGGAGGCGGCUGUAUCAGAAAUAUGAAUGUGGAAAGAAACAGAAAGAAAACUAAAAGUAGGACAGGGAUGAAGAGACCUGGCUGGGUGGAGGGGGUGGAUUAAAGUCAAGGUGUGGUUUCUUAUUUCAUAUUCAGGUCGUGUUGCUUCCUUGCUGUACCCUGCUGGAUGGUUCAUUGGGGGUUUAAUUUCAGGGAACUUGUGUGACUAUCAUCAUUGUUAAAAAGGUAUGGCAGUGUACGGACGUCUCCUUCUUCUUCCCUGCUCUCUCCUGUGGAUUUUCUCUAUAGCAGAAGGAAAAGAGUUAACCAUCUCAUGUUUGAGCUCAGAGGAGUGUGUGCUGCCAUGCCAGUUCGCAUCCGAUGGCAAAGGUGCGAGGGUCAUGUGGUACAAGAAGAAAGCCGUGGUGAGCUGCACGCGCUAUGGCAACACCAGCUUUGUGGUUGGCCACAACUCGCCGGCUGAUAAGUACAAAGGAAGAACAGACCUGUACGCAGACCAGGUCCUGGAGGGCAACGCAUCGUUGGUGAUGAGAAACGUAACACCGAACGACCAGGGCAAAUAUUUCUGCAUCACCAUGACUGCACCCCGAACUGACGAGUCUGGCGUUAUAACUCUUGUUGUAAAAGCUCUGGUCCAGGAGGUUGACAUUGAGUUUAAUGGCGAUUCAGUUACCUGUAGAGCUGAAGGUAUCUAUCCAGAGCCGACACUCACCUGGUCUACAGAUCCUCCGACUGAUACGCAACUCCUCCGGAACCAGACAAAGUCUCAGAAAAACAAAUUUGGCUUCUACGACAUUCAGAGUUCACUCAGGCUGACGGAAUGUGAUGCUGCGAAUCGGACUAUCGUUUGUUCCGUAACCAGCGACACCAGCGAAAAAAGAGCCUUCCUAAAACACGAAGCUUCCAUCUUGGCUCCUCCGGGCAGCAAUGCAAAGGUUCCCUGCAGUCUGCCCCCCAGCACCCUUCAGAGCUUCAAUCUGACAUGGAGGUUCAGACCCUCGGAUCCCAUCCUAUCAAUCUCCUUCACUGGUCAGAAGUCAUCAGUGAAGGUCUGGGAUCAGUGGAAACCUCAUGUCUUCAAUGACCCUUCAGCGAGGAGAAGCCUACAUCUGCACAACCUGAAGCCAGAGCACCAGGGAACCUACACCUGUGAGGUCAGAACACCUGAAGAAACCUACAUCACCUGGACUGACGUCACAGUAGCUCAAGACUCUGAGUACAUCUACAUCUACGUCAUCAUUGCACUCUGCUAUUUCCUGUGCAUGUCCUACGGGAUGGUGGUGUUUUUAAGCUGCAAAGUCAGAGGAUUAGAGAAAGCCAGAAGACAAGAAGAAACGUCAAAGGAAGUCACAGAGGUUUUGGAUGUUGCUGAAGGGUCGGAGAAUUUGCCGAGCGAGGAAAAUACAGAUGAAGGAUGAGAGGAAG